AGCAGGGGAAACGAGUUGAGAGAGGGAGAAAAAUAAACAGAACGAACGACAUGGGCAUUGAGCAAUCAAUGAUCACUAAAGGAAACUAGACAGAGCCCCCCUUCAUCCUCUUUUCUAUGUAUCCACCAGGAAGCUGGAAUUAGCACAGUUCUGAUGGUAUCAGCAAUGCAGGAAAAUAUUCUAUAAUUGAAACCCUCAUGCCAACAUUUGCUUGUCAAUAGUGUUGGACAUCAUCUCCAAAGUAAGAUUUACACGAGUGCUUUUAAUUCAAUGUCGCUAGCCUCUUUUCCUAAUUGCACAUGCUUCAGAGUAGCAAGAUCAACAUGAAGACAGUGACAGAAAGAACAGGGAAAAAAAUCCAUCUCAAGAAAGAGAACAGGCUGAGAAAGGAAUACUUGGAUAAUGAGGACCCUGCAACCUUCUGACCAGCCUUCAACAUCAAGGCUGAAAUAUCAACCCCCCUAAACACAGAAUUUGUUUCUAAUAAGCAUCUACAGAUCCAUGAAAAUCUGAACCUGAAACGAAAACCCACCUUGAAAGAACAUUUCCUAUGGCAACAGCCCAUGUCACCAUGUACAGGAAUAACAUGAAAAAAGACAUGAUGACAUGUUGAUAAAGAAAUACAUUUUCAGUCAUUGCAAGAGCAUCAGGUAAAACAGACAAACGGAUGCAAAGCCUCUAGAGUAUAAGAAUAAGGAUUAUCACCAAAAAAAUAAAAAAAAAUAAUAAUCUUGCCCUGUUGUUCCUUAAUGUAGUUGAUUUUAGGGGGGACACAAGAAGGAAGAAAAGCUUCCAGUAUUAACCAGCAAGGAAUAUAUAUUAUUUUACUGGUUCACUAAAAUGUUGAUUUUAUGCCCACCCCUUUCAAUCUGCCCAUGUCUGAGAUUCUCUGUGCAGGCAUAGAGUCAUGAGUAGCUUACGACACUCAGUGAACGCUAGGUGCCUCUGCAUGCUUCAGCAACAUACUGCUUCAGCUACAGCAAAAAAGGAUCUUUCUGCCUGAUUGUCUUUCUCUACCCCUGCUAGAAGCAUCAGCUAACAAGCAAAGCAGGGAGGGGAGAUAAAGGAUUCACAAAUUAAUCUCCCCAUGGUCACCCAGUGAAUGACUUCUAAGCUAUCGCUGUGGAGUUACAUUUUUUUUUUGCCUUUUUGGUCAAUGGUGGUGGAUUCAGGUGAUGGACAUUGAACAGACUGCAAGAUCCCGGAGAGUCUUUAGCAAAGAGUUUGGAGGCUUUUCCAGAACGUCACUGUGUUAACUGCAGAGGAAGAAGGGAACCGCAGAUGAGGGGGAAAGACCCGGGCUCUUAGUUGUUGUGGAACUUGAAGGACCUACAAGUCAUCUGAAAGGUAACCAGACCCCCCUUCCUCAUUCAUCUCAUAGAGGAGACGCAAAGUGGGACAUUGUGAGCCUGCCAGCAUUGUACAAACUGAAAGGCAGCACAGAGGGGUCUUUUAGCCCUGCAUAUAAUUAGCUAAAACACAAAGGGAGCAGCUGAAUGGAGCCUGCCACUCUCUGGAAAAAGGGUGGGUAAGACAAUUUUUUUUUAAAUGAAUUUCUUACAUGAAGAAAUAUCUAUAUUUCAAACCCUUCCCUGCAGCAUUUAACAUGAACAAAAUCUCAGCCUCUCCUCUGCCUUUGACUACCCAUGAACUUUAAUGCUGCCGACAGUCUCACUGCUGUGAAGUCUGCCCCCACCUGUGUGUCUGUUGAUCGAUGUAUUUUAUUAAAAUAUGAUGUAGAAUCUGGGAAAGAUUCAAUGGACAUUCUCGAGAAAAUCUGGAUAUAUUCUUGCUAAUGGAUUUCCUUCUCAUUGGUUUCUGUUUAAACUGGCUGCUGAGGAAGCCCCCAGGGUUAAUACUGUGUACGUUGGGUGUCUUUGUUAAAAUGCUUCCACUGGUGAAUAGUGGGUGUCCGAGGCUCUGCCGUUGCGAGGGCAGGUUCCUGUACUGUGAAUCACAGAAUUCCACUGAGAUGCCUCACAACCUGUCGGGUGUAAUGGGCUUGUCUCUGCGGUACAACAGCCUUUCAGAGCUACAAGAUGGACAGUUCACAGGGUUAAUUCAGCUCACGUGGCUCUAUCUGGAUCACAAUCACAUCCACACAGUAGAGGGAAAUGCCUUUCACAAACUGCGUAGAGUGAAAGAACUCACUCUUAGUUCCAACAAAAUAACACAUCUGGCCAACACCACUUUCCGACCCAUGCCAAACUUGCGCAGUGUGGAUUUAUCUAACAAUAACGUACAGUCUUUGGAACCGGAUCUCUUUCAUGGGCUGCGCAAGCUGACGACUUUGCAUAUGCGCUACAACGCCAUCAAGUUUGUACCAGUAAGAAUCUUUCAGGACUGUCGCAGCCUAAAGUUCCUGGACUUGGGAUAUAAUCAAUUGAAGAGCCUUGCUCGUAACUCCUUUGCAGGUUUGUUUAAACUCACCGAGCUCCACCUUGAGCACAAUGACUUGGUGAAGGUGAAUUUAGCCCAUUUUCCCAGGCUCCUGUCAUUGCACUCUCUAUUUAUGAGGAGGAAUAAAGUCACUAUAGUUGUUAACUCCUUGGACUGGGUAUGGAAACUAGAAAAAAUGGACCUUUCUGGAAAUGAAAUUGAAUACAUUGAACCUCAUGUUUUUGAAAGUUUACCUCAUCUGGAAUCACUGCAACUUGACACCAAUCGGCUCACUUACGUUGAUCCCAGAAUCUUAAACUCUUGGAAAUCUCUCACCAGCAUCACCCUUGCUGGGAACAACUGGGACUGUGGACGCAAUGUUUGUGCUUUGGCCUCUUGGCUUAGCAGCUUCAAAGGUCGUUAUGAUGGCAAUAUGCAAUGUACAACCCCGGAGUAUGCCCAGGGUGAGGAUGUCCUUGAUGCAGUUUACUUUUUCCAUUUGUGUGAGGAACUAGUAGAUCCCACUGGUGCUAAUGCUAUUUCUACAGCUCUGAACAACAGUGACAGAAUUGCUAUUGACAGCCCCACUGCUACAAGUUACGAUGUGCAGGACACUGAAGGUGAAAGAACCACCAACGUGCAAACCGCAACCGUGGCCAAUGAACACCACGAGAACACUGUUCAGAUCCACAAGGUGGUCACAGGGACCAUGGCACUGAUUUUUUCCUUUCUCAUUGUGGUUUUGAUGUUGUAUGUUUCUUGGAAGUGUUUUCCUGCCAGCCUUAGACAGCUGAGACAGUGCUUUGUGACACAACGUAGAAAGCAAAAGCAGAAACAGACCAUGAAUCAAAUGGCUGCCAUGUCAGCCCAGGAAUAUUAUGUUGAUUAUAAACCCAAUCACAUUGAAGGAGCUUUGGUUAUCAUUAAUGAAUAUGGCUCCUGUUCUUGUAAUCAGCAGCCUGCAAAGGAGUGUGAGGUGUGAUUCUUAUGGCAAUGAAACAUUGUACCAAACGAAUAACAAUCACAGACAGGUGAAUGGGCAAUGGUGUGUUUGGUGAUGCACUGGAUGAUUGACAUGGAGAAAGACUUGACAUUUUAGCUUUAUUGUGUCUUAAAUCUACAGGACAGUCAACCCUAAAACAAACAUA